AAGAGGACCACCAUGUAGACAGAAUGCAGACAGAGACAGACUGCAGACGAAGAUAGAAGAAGCAGAAUGGGAACAUGCAUCUGGAGCGGCUCCCGAUUGACUCACAGUAACAGAAGACCAGAAGGGAUCGUUAUUCUCCUGUGGACGUACGCCUCUCCUCUCGUUGCCUCUCUCGUUGCCGGUCUCACUGGUCUAGCUGGCUGCCCUUAGUGUUCUCUGGAUGGUCGUAUGGUCGUAUGGUCUUCUCUCCACACUGUCGCUGACUGAGGGAUCUUAGCUCUGUAUCUCAAAUUGACAACGGGAUUUAGCUCUUCCUCUGUCUGUCGGUGGGCGUCUGUCUCUCUCUCUCUGUCUCUCUCUCUAUCGUGUGGUUUAUCACCAAUAUCGCCGGUAUUGCCGGGCACAUUCCAGUGGUAUUCAUCCCUCUCUUCAUUCCUUCUUUUUCUCUCUCUCUCUCAACCCCCCCCCCCCCCCCCCCCCGCCGUAAAGUUUUGUCUGUGGUUUGUACUCCUUCUUUGUCGAGGGACUGAGCAAUACUAGCUAGUCAAGUCAUCAUGGGGGACCUGACGAACAGUGAUUAUUACUCUAAGAACCAAAGAAACGAUGGCAGCAGUAACCACGAGGGGGGCUUUGGGGUCUCGGUCAUGGAGUUGCGUGAACUCAUGGAGCUGAGAGGCAGCGAGGCGGUGGUUAAGAUCCAGGAGGACUACGGGGACAUGGAUGGGCUCUGUCAACGGCUCAAAACAUCACCCACGGAAGGUUUAACAGGAGAUGUAACUGACCUAGAUAAGAGGAAAGAAGUGUAUGGUGAAAACCUGAUACCUCCGAAGAAGCCAAAGACCUUUCUCCAGUUAGUAUGGGAGGCCCUGCAGGACGUGACUCUGAUCAUCCUGGAGGUGGCCGCUUUGAUCUCUCUGGGACUGUCCUUCUAUCAGCCUCCGGGAGGGGACAGCGGAGAGUCCUGUGGGACAGCGGCGGCAGGUGCGGAGGACGAGGGUGAGGCCGAGGCCGGCUGGAUAGAGGGAGCGGCCAUCUUGCUGUCUGUAGUGUGUGUGGUUCUGGUGACGGCCUUCAACGACUGGAGCAAGGAGAAGCAGUUCAGAGGGCUGCAGAGCCGCAUCGAGCAGGAGCAGAAGUUCCAGGUGGUCAGAGGUGCUCAGGUCAUCCAGCUCCCGGUAGCUGACAUCGUGGUCGGGGACAUCGCACAAAUCAAGUAUGGUGACCUGCUUCCAGCGGAUGGAGUGUUGAUACAGGGGAACGACCUGAAGAUAGAUGAGAGUUCACUAACAGGAGAGUCUGAUCACGUCAAGAAAGCAGCCGACAGAGACCCGAUGCUGCUGUCAGGUACCCAUGUGAUGGAGGGUUCCGGCAGGAUGCUGGUAACAGCUGUGGGGGUCAACUCUCAGACCGGUAUCAUCUUUACACUGCUGGGGGCCGGAGAACCAGGGGAAGAGGAGAAGAAGGAGAAGAAAGACUGCCCCCAUCCCUCUGCCCACCCCAUCGCAACUAUAGCCACCGAUGGUGCUGCAGGCGGUAUUGCACCUGGCAAUGCCAGCCUAGUCAAUGGUAAAAUACAGGAUGGGAAUAUGGAGAACAACCAGACUAAAGUGAAGAAACAGGACGGGGCGGCUGCCAUGGAGAUGCAGCCUCUGAAGAGCGCCGAGGGAGGAGAGAUGGAGGAGAAGGAAAAGAAGAAAGCAAAUGUCUCCAAGAAGGAGAAGUCUGUCCUCCAGGGGAAACUAACCAAGCUGGCUGUUCAGAUCGGCAAAGCAGGUCUAGUGAUGUCAGCCAUCACAGUGAUCAUCCUGGUGCUGUACUUUGCUGUGGACAACUUUGUCCUGCAGAAGAGGCCGUGGCUGACGGAGUGCACUCCCAUCUACGUACAAUACUUUGUCAAGUUCUUCAUCAUCGGCGUCACCGUGCUGGUGGUGGCUGUACCCGAGGGGCUGCCCUUGGCCGUCACCAUCUCCCUGGCCUACUCUGUCAAGAAAAUGAUGAAAGAUAAUAACCUGGUCCGCCACCUGGAUGCAUGUGAGACGAUGGGUAACGCUACGGCCAUCUGCUCCGACAAGACCGGCACGUUGACCACCAACCGCAUGACGGCCGUGGCGUGCUACGUGGGGGAUGUCCACUACAAGGAGAUACCAGACCCUGGACUUCUGUCUGUUAAGUCUCUGGAUAUCCUUGUCAACGCCAUCUCCCUCAACAGCGCGUACACCACCAAGAUACUGCCUGCCACCAAGGAGGGUGGUCUGCCCAUGCAGGUGGGCAACAAGACAGAGUGUGGUCUGCUGGGCCUGGUGCUGGACCUGAAGAGAGAUUACCAGCCCGUCCGCAACCAGAUCCCAGAGGAGAAACUCUACAAGGUGUACACCUUCAACUCGGUCAGGAAAUCCAUGUCCACGGUCAUCAAACUACCAGACGGCUCCUUCAGGAUGUACAGCAAAGGAGCCUCUGAGAUCGUCCUCAAGAAGUGUACUAAGAUCCUGAACCAGGAAGGCGAGCCGCGGCUGUUCCGUCCCCGGGAUAAGGACGAGAUGAUGAAGAAGGUGAUCGAGCCGAUGGCGUGUGACGGGCUGCGGACCAUCUGCGUGGCGUACCGUGACUUCGCUGGCGACCCAGAACCACUCUGGGACAACGAGAACGACAUUCUCAAUGAACUGACGGCCGUCUGCGUGGUCGGCAUAGAGGACCCUGUCAGGCCAGAGGUGCCUUCUGCUAUUGUGCGGUGCCAGCGUGCGGGCAUCACUGUGCGCAUGGUGACAGGUGACAACAUCAACACGGCCAGGGCCAUCGCCAUCAAGUGUGGCAUCAUCCACCCUGGAGAAGACUUCCUGUGUAUCGACGGCAAGGAGUUCAACAGGAGGAUCCGCAACGAGAAGGGAGAGGUUGAGCAGGAGCGCAUGGACAAGGUGUGGCCUAAACUGCGAGUCCUGGCUAGAUCCUCUCCUACUGAUAAACACACACUGGUUAAAGGCAUCAUAGACAGCUGUUUGACAGAACAGAGACAGGUGGUGGCGGUGACAGGAGACGGGACUAACGAUGGACCAGCCCUGAAGAAGGCUGACGUGGGAUUUGCCAUGGGUAUAGCCGGUACAGACGUGGCCAAGGAGGCGUCUGACAUCAUAUUAACGGACGAUAACUUCAGCAGCAUAGUGAAGGCUGUGAUGUGGGGGAGGAAUGUCUACGACAGCAUCUCCAAGUUUCUCCAGUUCCAGCUGACUGUCAACGUGGUGGCUGUCAUAGUGGCCUUCACUGGGGCCUGCAUCACACAGGUAACAAACACACAGCUCACUGUCAACGUGGUGGCUGUCAUAGUGGCCUUCACUGGGGCCUGCAUCACACAGGUAACAAACACACAGCUCACUGUCAACGUGGUGUCUGUCAUAGUGGCCUUCACUGGGGCCUGCAUCACACAGGUAACAAACACACAGCUCACUGUCAACGUGGUGGCUGUCAUAGUGGCCUUCACUGGGGCCUGCAUCACACAGGUAACAAACACACAGCUCACUGUCAACGUGGUGGCUGUCAUAGUGGCCUUCACUGGGGCCUGCAUCACACAGGAUUCUCCCCUGAAGGCGGUCCAGAUGCUGUGGGUGAACUUGAUAAUGGACACCUUUGCGUCCCUGGCCCUGGCGACCGAGCCCCCCACCGAGGCCCUGCUGAUGAGGAAGCCGUACGGCCGCAACAAACCGCUGAUCUCCAGCACCAUGACCAAGAACAUCCUGGGACACGGCAUCUACCAGCUGGUCAUCAUAUUCUCCCUGCUGUUCGUCGGUGAGCAGAUAUUUGACAUAGACAGUGGUCGUCACGCUCCGCUCCACUCCCCUCCGUCAGAACACUACACCAUCAUUUUCAACACCUUCGUCCUCAUGCAGCUUUUCAACGAGAUCAACGCCAGGAAGAUCCACGGAGAGAGGAACGUCUUUGACGGAAUAUUCAGGAACCCCAUCUUCUGUUCCAUCGUCUUUGGAACAUUCGCCAUCCAGAUUGUGAUCGUGCAGUUUGGAGGGAAGCCGUUCAGUUGUACUCCUCUGGAUUUGGAAAAGUGGGGAUGGUGCACCUUCCUUGGUCUAGGAGAGUUGGUCUGGGGACAGGUGAUCGCCACUAUCCCUAACAGCAAGCUGCGGUUCUUGCGAGGGGCGGGUCAACUGACCAAGAAGAACGAAAUGCCUGGUGACGAGGACAUGAACGAGGACAACGAGGAGAUCGACCACGCGGAGAGAGAGCUGCGACGCGGACAGGUCCUCUGGUUCAGAGGGCUCAACCGCAUUCAGACUCAGAUUCGCGUCGUGAACGCAUUCCGUAGCUCCCUCUACGAAGGCUUGGAAAAACCAGACUCUAGACCGUCCAUCCAUAACUUCAUGACCCACCCAGAGUUUAGGAUAGAAGACACCACGCCCCACAUCCCCCUGAUAGACGACACGGAUCUGGAAGAGGACCCUGCGUUGAGGAUGAUCCCCCAAUCCCAGACAGACAGCCAGCCCCAGUCCCCCAACAAGAACAACAAUGCCGUCGACAGCGGCAUCAACCUCACCAUCGACACCACCAGUAAGUCAGCUGCAUCCUCCAGCCCAGCCAGCCCACUGCACAGUCUGGAGACCUCCCUCUAGUGGCCUGCAGCUGGCUGGUGGAGACCUCCCUCUAGUGGCCUGCAGCUGGCUGGUGGAGACCUCCCUCUAGUGGCCUGCAGCUGGCUGGUGACCUCAUCUGCAACCUUGGAGACACCAUCCCACUGCAGCCUUGGAGACACCAUCCCACUGCAGCCUUGGAGACACCAUCCCACUGCACCCUUGGAGACCUCUAACAGCAUCUUCUGACAGCCUGGCUAGUGGAGACCUCCGUCUGCAAUCUGGAGACCUCCUUCCCUGCCACUUGGAGACCUUUCUCUACUGCAAUAUAGAGACUGUUCUCUUGAGGCCUGCUGGAGAUCUCUACUGCAGCCGGGCGGCUCCCACACUGCAGUUUGGAGACUUCUGUCUUUCAGUCUCUUGGAUACCUCCUUUGUCUGCAGUUUGGAGACCUUCCUCUAGCCUCAGUCUGUCUCCUGCUCUCUCCUCCUGUACUUGGAGAAAACAUCAUACCACACAUACAAUCAGAAAGCACAACAAAAGCCAACACACAUGACAUGUGCGUGUGUGUGUGUGUGUGCGUGUGUGUGUGUGUGUGUGUGUGUGUGGUGCGUGUGUGUGUGGUGCGUGUGUGUGUGUGCGUGUGUGCGCGUGUGUGUGUGUGGUGCGUGUGUGCGUGUGUGUGGUGCGUGUGUGUGUGUGUGUGGUGCGUGUUUGUGUGUGUGUGUGUGUGUGUGCGCGCGCGCUGCUGACUGACUGACUGAACCAUGUCUCUAGCAGCAGUGAAGAGGAGGACCAGAAAGUGAGUGGAAAAACAGCAUACACAACAACUCGCUCCCCACUCCGUCCUCACAUGAACAAAUACUGUAUUGAUAAUAGAUGAAAUUAAAACAUUAUUAUUGCUCCUGCAUGAAUGUACAUUAUCCAAUGUUUUUAUUUAAAUUGUUUUAAAUUUGAUUGGGUGGGUGAGAAGUGGAUCUUUAAGGCAGCUUUAUCCGAUCGUUGGUCUACGAGUUCUCUCCGUGUGGCAUGUGCUCUAACUGUAAAAAUGCAUUUGAUUUAUACAUGAGACGUGUAUCAAGGUCGUAGGACUCGACAAGCACAGGAGAUUUGCACCUGUUGGAAAAGAGUAACCCAUAAAUAAAUAGCAUUUCUUAAACUUAUGAUAAACUCAUGUGUGUAUGUGUAUAUAUAUAUAUAUAUAUACAUAUACAGACAGAGUUUUAUAUAUAUACACAGAGUUUAUCUUUAUUUGUUGGCAUGUUGCCUUGUUUCUGCUUCAAUGGCUCUAACUACUUUAACUUAUUUAUGUCCUUAAAAGAAUGUCAUUUGUUUACAAAACGUGUAGAAACUUCAUGGUUCAUUUUGUAGGGUUCCAAACCAUUCAGAAAAACUCGAGUUGUUUUGAGUUCUCCUCGUUGGUGUCUAUAAUAUACAGUGUACUGGACUUGCCUGCUAUCAAAUACUGUAGAUAUUUUUUAGAGGAUAACAAAAGAAAACCAAAAUAUUAUGGGAUGUAUAAUUAAUGUUAGUAUUAUAUGAUUGUUGGGAUGAACUCUGAACUCUUUGUUUGCAAACAGAAAUGUUAAUAAGACUAAAGGUUUUAUUUAUUUAAUUAACAAUUUUUCUUAUUUUUGUUAUUUUUCGUUCAAAGCUUGAAAUUUAACUUAAAUUGAGACUUACUCUGAGCUGAGAGGCCGAACAGGCCUUCUAUAACAGACAUGUAUUCUAUAUAAAAACUGCUAGUUUUAAGGAUUUUUACAUUUUAUUUUGUGUGACCAUCAAAGGCUGCGAUGGAUUUAUAUUAGAAAUUGCAAACUAAAGUAUAUUUGGCUUAUCUGUAUAGAAAAAAUCUAAAAGUUAUGUUGAAAAUCUUGUGAUAUAAUGUGAUGAUUGAUUGUUUUAUUAUUUUAUUGAUUUUUAUGUUUUCCUUUUUAAAAAUAAUAAGAAAAAAACCCAACACGGCUUAUUGGCAUUUUGAACGCCAAAAAAAAAAAUGUAAUGACGCUUUGACUCUUUUUCCAACAACAAACAAACGAAGAAGAAAAGACAUUUCCUCACUAUCAGGAUAUGAAUGAAAUCCCUCUGUGUUGUGCUUUUAGACUGUGUUUCUGUGGUGUUUAAACCAAGCUUGUCUUCCCUGCCUUCACCAAGUCAACUCUAGCAUCUCAACACUAUUCACGUAGUUGUUAGAACUAUUUAUUGUGCUUUAUAAAAGGAUGUGGGAGAUUACAAAAGGACGAAGGCACACUUAACUUACUACAUAUCAACACAGACACAGAGGCGUUCAUUAGCAUAGCGCACAUUCUCGUGUUAUUGUAAUAUUCCUACAACCAAUUGGAGACAUUGAAAAGCGUGAUGUAAUAUGCUCAAUAUGCAAGUUGAACCAAUCCCAAUUGUUCUAUUCUAAACGAAAUCCUGUGGUAAUUAUACGUUGACCGGACUUCUCUUUAAUUAAACCAUUUCUGCCGUCAGAUCAGGAGAGGCCACAAGCUUUCAACCCUUAGCUCAGGCCUGUUGAACAAGCUAAGCACCAUUGUUGCUGAAACAGCUCUAUCUUCAUUCAGAAAUGGUCUCUCUUGAAUUCUGCACUUUGCUUUAAAAACCGCUUGAAAUUUUAGUAUUUUUUUUUUUUCUCCUUCGGGUAAAACCUCUUUUUAUUUAAAUUUUAUUUUACAUCAAAAGAACUUCGGCCAACAUUUUUUUUUUUUUAAAUCACAUCUGUACGUUUAAUUAAGCUGUAUGUUCCGGUUUUAGGGGAUGCAACAGUGAUCAGUAGACUAUUCCACGUACAUAGAGUAAUGUAUUCUAAGAGGACAUACAUACGACGGUCCAACCGUCCAGGCUAGUGGGCUGUACUUUACUAAACUCUGCUUGCACUCUACGCAAUUCCUCUAUAGUAGAAUUCAUUACUGAUCAGGGCCCGUAUUCACAAAGCAAGUCAGGUCUUUGGAUCAGUCACCCCCCCUCCCUCUCUCGUAUUCAUAAUGAUUCACAUACUAGAUUACAACUCCUGUUCUGAGACACUUUGUGAAUAUGGGCCCUGAGCCGUUACAAGUCUCAACCAGACCACCAGGCCCUAUAUUCAUAAAGUUUAUCCUAGUAGGAGAUCUGAUCUAGGAUCAGAUUAUUAUAGAAAAAGGGGGGCGGGACCUGAUCCUAGACCAGCAGUCGUACUCUGAAUACGGGCUCAUCAGACCUCAUCAUACGCGCUUCACUAAACGCAUCCAACUAAUAUUAUAAAUAAUAAUAACGAUCGUAAUAAUGAGGACACUUCUUGCAAUAUGUCUCCUGCGUCUCUGUAUUUUACCUAGCAGCAUGCAGUUUUUUUUAGUGGAACAAAGAAAACGUGAAAAUGCCAACGGUGAAACGUGGCAUUUCUAGCCGAUUUAAUGGGUAUAAAUGAUAAAUAAGUGUCUCCCCCGGCAUCCUACAUCUUGUUUUUAUGAAUUGGUUUAUCUAUACAAUAAUUGUAAAUAAAGAACUCAAUGUCUUUGUUCAUUUAAUACUAUGCAAAAAAGUCAUGCUUUCUGAUUGUAACCCCCCCCCCCCCAACCCCCCCCCAUGUUUGUGGUCUCAAAAGUCAGUAAAAAAAAACAUGUGAUGUAAAUUAUUUUCUAGCUUGACGAACGUUAUACGAACUGUGACUCUUGUUGCUGCUUGACUGUCCGUUACCACGACUCCCAAGACAGGAGCAAGCGCAAGUGAAAAAGAAAUGAACAAUGAAAAAAAACACUAAAUAAAUUUCUAGAGCAGCAUGAACUCAGAAUGGUGUUA